CCCCCGCUGUGGGUCCCCCACCAGCAGCCAUGGGCCAGAGCGUGCUCCCGUCCUGCCUGGGGUUGGCUUGCUGUCUGCUGCUGCUGCUGCUGGGGGGCUCUGAAGGGCUGGGGAGCAGAGGGAAAAACUGGGGUCCUUGGGAGGAGGACCAGGGCGCAGUGGCAGAGGGGGGACCGUGGGGCAGAGCGAGGUAUGAAGCCCUGAAGAAGCACUUUGGAGCCGUGGGUGCUCUCUCCAAGCAAUACUGGCAGUUGCUGGCUUGCAAGGUCUGGCAGGAGGGCUGCGAAGAAGAGCAGGAGGAAGAUGAGACCGGUCCCCAUCCAGGUUGGAGCUUGCCCCUGGUGGGCCAAGAUUACCUAGAGAUCCUCUCCGCCUGGUACUGCAGCUUCGGCAAGUGCUGCGAGACAGGAGACUGCAGGAUAGUCAACAACAUCACAGGGCUAGAAUUGGACCUCAGUGGGCAGCUCCAUGGGCAGCACUUGGCCAAAGAAGUUGUCGUCCGGGCAGUGCAAGGGUUUCUGCAGAGCCCGCAGCCAGAGAAGGCUUUGGUCCUGUCCUUCCACGGCUGGUCCGGCACAGGCAAGAACUUUGUGGCCCGGAUGGUGGCCAGUCACCUGUAUCGGGAUGGGCUGAAGAGUGAGUGUGUCAGGAUGUUCAUCUCGCUCUUCCACUUCCCCCAUCACAAGUAUGUGGACUCGUACAAGGUUCAGCUGAAGAAGCAAAUAAGUGAGACCAUACAGCUCUGCAAGCAGUCCCUGUUCAUCUUUGAUGAAGCAGAGAAACUUCAUUUCGGCCUUCUGGAUGCCAUCAAGCCCUUCAUGGCUCGCUAUGACAACAAGGGCCAGGUGGACUACCGGAGAUCCAUCUUCCUCUUCCUCAGCAAUAUUGGCGGCAACACCAUCAAUGAGGUAGCCCUGGACUUCUGGCGAGCUGGGCGGGCGCGGGAGGAGAUCUCCAUGGAGUUCCUGGAGCAGCAGCUGCGGCUGGAGUUGCAGGAACCUGCAGAUAACAGUUACGCCCGCAGCCACUUCCUCGAAGAGAACCUCAUUGACUACUUUGUGCCAUUCCUGCCCCUGGAGUAUCGCCAUGUGAAACUGUGUGCACGGGAUGCUUUCCUGGCCCGUGGACUUCCGUACACAGAGGCAGCCCUUGACGAGGUGGCCAGGAUGAUGGUGUUUGUCCCCAGAGAGGAGAAACUUUUCUCAGCACAGGGCUGUAAAUCUGUAUCUCAGCGCAUCAAUUACUUCCUUCCCUGAACACCAGGUGGGACUGUGCCAGCGAUGAAGGUGGCUCUGCGUACCUGGAGCUGCUCUCUGUUCAGAAGAUCAGGCAAGCAGAUUACCCAGCUGCACACUUGCGCAGGGACAGAAACUUAACUCCUUGUCACCGGUGAGGGCUGUUUGCAGGGAAGGAGGUGCAGCCUGCUGAAUCUUGCUGAUGGGACGCUGGGACAGCCUGCCCUUGGCUGUGUUUUAAGUCAUCCAGCGUUUCUAAGUCUCACCUUCUAGCAGGUUAUUAGCCUGAAGUAGUGAUUUGGUUGUGCUGAAAGAUGCUGCGCUUUAGGUGAGCAGGGAUGUCCAAAUCCUUGCUUUGUUACAAUGUAAUGAAGGCCUUGGACAGACUGCUGUUAGUGAGACAGUCCAGCAGCAACUGCUCCCUCUUCCCUGUCCCCGGCUUUCUUGGUCACUUUACAAGCUCUCACACUGCACCCAGCUGUUCUGCUGGAGUUUUCGCUGUUGCUCUCCUGCAUUCACAAGGUUGUCUGCCCUUCAGGGACUCACAUGGCAGGUUCAUGCUUCUGAGUAAGGAGGCCCUUGCAUAAAGAGAAUGACUGAAUAGUCUCCUCUGGAGACCUAAGAUCCUUAGCCUCUUGCUUUGGAGCGCUCCUGCUCUCCCCUUUCUCAUCGGAGUCUUUCGUUGUAUGGAAGCAAAUACGGGGAUGAGGUGAAUAUAUAUGGCUUUUGCUGAGAUUAAAGUUAUUUUUCUAAGCAGUUUGAAAAGCUGUUCGCUUCAGCACAGGAUCUGGUUUAGGGGGAGGCAAAUUCCCCUCUCGAGGGCAAAGGGCUGUUGAAGAGGAUAGUGGCCGAAAUAACAGGUUGCAGGUGAGUUCUGGUUUUCAGAGAUGGAGUAAGGUUGUG